AUGGAGUUGCAAGCGGUUAAUAUGCAAAGUGAAAACGACCUGAAGAAUGAAGUUAAAAAAUUUAGCCAUGACGCCGACUUAGGAGAAAUACUCGAGGUCCAGUCGACGCCAGAGGAGGAGCGAAAGGUUCUGCAGAAACUCGACUUUGUUUUGCUUCCAUUGAUGGCAUGCGCCUAUUUCCUUCAAUUCCUCGAUAAAUUUAUCCUCGGCCAAGCGGCGCUAUUUAAUCUUCGCCAGGAUCUGAAUCUGCACGGGCCACAGUUUGCGUGGACCUCGGCUAUCUUUUAUUUUGGAUAUCUCGUCUGGAGCUGGCCAAGCUCGUACCUGAUUGUUCGAGUCCCUAUCGGCAAAUACUUGGCCGCUUCGGUCUUUCUCUGGGGUGGCGUUCUCAUGUGCCAUGCCGCCUGCAGAAAUUUUGCUGGCCUAAUGGUGGCUCGUUUUUUCCUUGGUGUCGGAGAAGCAGCUAUUGCGCCAGGUUUUAGUUUGAUCACUGGUCUGUUCUAUAAGCGGAAGGAGCAACCUCUCCGUCAAUCUGCCUGGUACUUUGGAAACUGUAUCGCGGCGCUCCUGGGUGGCGUGAUCUCCUACGGCAUUGGACAUAUUAGCGCGACAAGCAUUUCCCACUGGAAGCUGCUAUUUCUUAUCCUUGGUGCCGUUACAUCUGCAUAUGCUGGGGCUCUUUUUCUACUCCUGCCAGACUCCCCGGCGAAAGCCGUCUUCCUUAACCAAAAGGAGCGCGCAAUCGCCGUGCAACGAACGCUCGAGAAUAAAACCGGUGUGCUAGACUUUGGGUCCUUCAAGUGGAAUCAAGCCCUAGAGGCCACUCUCGACCCGCAGACAUGGUUUCUCGUUCUCUAUACCUUUACAUCCAACUUGGCCAACGGCGGCCUAACAACUUUUGCGCCGAUUAUCACCACAGGGUUUGGCUUUAGCAAUUUCAAAGCACUUCUACUCCAAAUGCCUCUGGGGGGCGCUGAGAUUGUCUUUAUCCUACUCUCUGCCGCUAUUACUACAUUUAUCCCAUCCAGCCGCAUCCUCUGCAUGAUUUUUAAUUUACUCGUCUCCAUGCUCGGCAUGCUUCUUGUCUGGAAACUACAUCCUGAUAAUGCGGCGGGCCGUGAGGUGGGCUUGACUUUGAGUGUUGUCUACGCAGUCAAUAUGCCAAUUACCCUGAGUGUUAUCUCGUCCAAUGUGGCAGGCUUUUCGAAGAAAAGUGUGGUUAGCGCCUCACUUUUUGUGGCUUACUGCGCGGGGAAUAUUGUGGGGCCGCAAUUCUUUCUGGCAUCGGAGGCACCGUCGUAUCCAACUGGGAUUCAAGCAUCUAUAGCUGGCUUCGCAUUAGGCGCCUCUUUUCUCUUCUGCCUAUUAGUUUACUACAACUGGGAGAACAGACGGAGGGACAGGCGAUACGGACGACCUGAAGAGAUGACUGCCCGGGAAGAACUAUCCGAUGAGUUGUCGAACAAGACAGAUCGUCAGAUUGGGAGUUUCCGGUAUAUCCUUUGA